CCACAGUGACUUGUUACCUAGCUAUGCCUCCGUGCACAAUCAGGGCAGGGCUGGGUCUCCCUUAGGCAAAUGUUAUCUCAUACUCCUUCAGCAAACAGUGGGUGCCGCAUAAAAGCAUAAAACCCAAGUCUGGAUCGGGCCCCCAUCCCUGGCUGGAGAGCAAGCAGAAGCGCCAUGCACCCCAAGGCGGCCUGCAUCUUGCUCGUGGCCCUCGUGCUGGCCCUCGGCUGCCUGGCCCAGGAACAGCAAGAGACAUGCACCAUGACCCCUCAGGAACGGAUCAACUGUGGCUUCCCCGGCGUCACGGAGUCUGAGUGCAAGAGCAAGGGCUGCUGUUUUAACAGCGACAUCACUGGCUUCCCCUGGUGCUUCUACCCCGUGGCUGUCGACAACCCUGUUGAAGAGGAGUGCCCCUUCUAGCGGCCCACCUGUUCGGACGCCCCGCUGGGACCUGCCUGUGUGUCUCACCCACCUGACCAACUGACGGGUGCUGGUCGUUGUGUGCCUGACACCGGUGCUGAGUCCUGCAUGGACAGACCCCAAGACCCCUCUCAGUCUGCUCCUCGGGUUUCUAGUCCCUCCAUUGGUCUUGAAGAUUAAAAAAAGAUGAAUGUGGCUCCA